AUGUCAUUUCGCCCGUGGUUGUGGUCGUGGAUGAGUUUGGCGGAGCCCAGAGCCAGUUUGCGGGAGUUGAGUACAAUGAUUGAUAUGCUUCAAACUACCUUUUUUCCUACUCGGGCUGUACCCGUAAAACUCUCUCAUAAUUCUUUGAUCGUCCCAGCCAGUGUUGUCAUUUCAAGCCGGGAAAAGCGACAGGUGGUAAUUUUUGCACCGUUUAUUAGGCAAGAGGAAACGGAUUGUAACCAUCAAUGA